AUGGCGAGGUGUUGCACUCUCCAGGUGCUUCUGCUGGUGGCCUUGGUCCGCCUCUUUUCCUGCGAGCCGUAUCUGAGACAGCUGGCCGCCAGCAACGACUCCAACGACACGAACUCCAGCACCACCACCACCUCCACAGGAGCCAGUUGCGACAGCAACACCACCAACUGCACCAGCCCGGCAACUACCACCUCGGCCACGACCACCACGCCCGCCGCCACCACCACCACCACCUCUUCCAGAGCUGUCGUGGGCGCACCGGCUCAGGAUGACAGUACCCUGAUCAUCGUCAUUGCCGUGGUGUGCUCCUUGGUGGCGAUGGCAGCGGGCAGCCUGUGCGUCUACGGAGCCAUCGCUUACAUGCAGUCCUCCGAAGUAGAGAACCGGAAGCUCGUCAAGCAGAUCGAUUCCGACGCCGCGGGCUUUGAGACUUACCUCAGCAACGUGGCGAACAACGUGCAGCGCUUCAACCACCGACUGGACAAGGACAAGGCCCUUAAGGAGCAGUUUGAGAAGGAGGUCACGGCCUUUGCCAAGGAUUGGCAGAAGGUCGAGGAAGACAGCCGCGAAUUCCUGGACAAGCAAUACACGCCCUGCCUCCGCGCACGGCUGGAGUUGCAGCAAGCCAAGGAUCUGAAGCGCCGCCGCCUGGCGCAGCAGCGGCGCCAGGCCGCCGAGCUGAAGGCCAAAGCAGCUUUGGACCAGCAGGUCCGCCAGAAGCGAAAAGAGCUGGACCUGGAAGAGAAGAAGCGGAUAAAAGAAGGACAGCCUCCGCGGACGCCCGACGAGCUCAACGCCCUAGCCGCCGAGGCAGUUCGCGUGGGCCAGGCGGAGUCGGGUCGAGCCAAAUCCUUGAUGAUCGGCGCGUCCAGCGCCAACCUAGUGCAAGAGGAGGAGGUCGGGUGUUGCCCGGGCUUCCCUGUUACAAGCAACAGCGAGCUCCGAAAGCAGAUCAAGCGCCUCGCGGAGCUGCAGAACCUCCACGCCAACAGCAUCACACAGCUAAAACAGCUGCGAGAUCAGGUCGAAGUUAUCAAGAACUUCGCGCACCCGCUGCUGAACAAGAUUGAGGUGAAGCCUUACAGCGUGCUGGGCACCACCGACAAGGACCAGCUCUGUGAGCUGCAAAAGAAGAGCAAGAGAAGAAGCUGA